AUGUCUGAUCAUGCAAAGGGAAAUUGGACUUUUACACGAGGGCACUUUAUAAGCAGAGACCUAAGUAUUUCAAGCACGUGGUAUUUGAUCAGGACACAAGAAGACCGAACAUGCAUUCUAAUACCCACGGGGAAAGUGGUGAUUGAGAAUAAAGUUCUAGGAGAUAAAACUGGGGAGGGGAAUAACCGGACAAAGUCAUCUCCCGUCAUGUAUGUUAAAUAUCCAAGUGUUCGUUAUAUAUUACCCCACUGCUCUAUAAACAAAUGCCAAACCUCCAAACCUCCUCUCAGUUACCCGCAGUGUCAUGAAAUGCCCACUGCUCACAGCUGUCCUCCUUCCUAG